CUCUGUUUCUUUCUUCCUCUGUCUUCUUUGUUUUCUCUCUCCUCAGAUCGUUCCUAAUUUCUCGUUACAAAAACCCUAAUCUCCCGAAUUACACUUUGAUCUUAACUCAAUUCUAUUUGUUUGUAUUAAUUCAAUUUCAAAAUUAUUUCUUUUUUUUGUAGUUUUUAAUAAUCUUCUGUUUCAAUUUCAAGGGAAAAAGAAAAAACAGAAAUAGUUUAUUCGCAAUCUUCUUAAUCAUAGAUUGUAUCUGUUUUUGCUUCCAUCUGGUUUUUCUCCGGAAUCAGUUUCUCUAUUUUUAAUAAAUUUCAUUGCUUUUUCUUGUUUUGCAUAAUCAGCAAACGCAAAACAACUGGAAUCAAAAUAGGAGCUGUUUUUGUUGCAAUUUGAAGUUCGUUUCUUACUGGGUUUUUGUGAAAAUCUAUAUCUUUUCCCAAUUCAAGCUCGAAACAGAGCAUGGAGGGAGUCGUAAUCAUCUAAAUUCGUCAACUUGGGCUGGUUCCUUUUGUGGGGUUCUAUGGUUUAUCAUCUUAAAUUUUUCCAAAAAGAAAGAAGGGGAGAAGAUAGAGAAGAAGUAGCAAGGGAAGGAACGGCCAAGGGUUAUGCUUAAAGGAGAAAUUGGACAGCCAGUGAUUUUGUUGUUCUGGGUGCUUGCUAUUUUAAUGUCUUUGGUUCUUGGGAUUAUGAAGAAAAGUGGUGAUGGGCAGCAGAAAACGCAAGGUGGUGGUGUGGUUUCAAGAUCGGCUCGGAGUUCAUUUCGUGCAAUUUCUAGCUACCUGAGAAUAGUCUCCUCGGGGGCGUCAACGGUUGCCCGGUCUGCUGUGUCGGUGGCAUCUUCUAUUGUGGAUAGAGCCGAUGAUUCUGGACAUGAUCAGGUGUAUUGGGCUGGUUUUGACAAGUUAGAGGAUGAGAAUGCCGUUCAUCAAGUUCUCUUGCUUGGCUAUCGGUCUGGAUUCCAGGUCUGGGACAUUGAAGAAGCAGAUAAUGUCCGUGACUUAGUCUCCAGACAUGAUGGUCCUGUUUCAUAUAUGCAAAUGCUACCGAAACCAAUAGCAUUGAAGAGACCAGUGGACAAGUAUGCAGACAGCCGCCCCCUUUUGGUAGUUUGUACCGAUGGGUCCCUCUCAGGUGGUACCAACCUUCAGGAUGGGUUUGUUACUUCCUCCAAUGGAAGCAUGCUAAACUACCAUGAUCCUGGGAAUGGUAGUUUUGUGCCUACUGUUGUCCAAUUUUAUUCCUUGAGAUCUCAAUCUUAUGUACAUAUGUUAAAGUUUAGAUCACUUGUUUAUUCUGUAAGGUGCAGUUCUCGAGUUGUUGCUAUAUCUCAAGCAACUCAGAUACAUUGUCUUGAUGCCACAACACUGGAGAGGGAAUAUACCAUUCUUACAAAUCCUAUAGUUGCGGGCUUUCCUGGUACAGGAGGUAUAGGCUACGGACCUCUUGCAGUUGGUUCCAGGUGGCUGGCUUACAGUGGAAGUCCAGUCACCAACUCCAGUCCUGGUCGUGUUAGCCCGCAACAUCUUACCCCUUCUGCUAGUUUCCCUGGUUUUUCUUCAAAUGGGAGCCUGGUUGCACAUUAUGCAAAAGAAUCAAGCAGGCAACUUGCUGCUGGGAUUGUGACCUUGGGAGACAUGGGAUAUAAGAAGUUCUCCAAGUACUGCUCCGAGCUUCUGCCAGAUUCUCAUAAUUCUUUGCAAUCAGGAAGUCCUGGCUGGAAAGGCAACGGAACUGUUAAUGGUCAUAUGCCAGAUGCAGAUAAUAUUGGAAUGGUAAUUGUCAGAGAUAUUGUCAGCAAAGUUGUUAUUGCUCAGUUUAGGGCGCACAAGAGUCCUAUUUCAGCAUUAUGCUUUGAUCCCAGUGGGACUCUUCUGGUGACUGCUUCAGUUCAGGGGCAUAACAUUAAUGUUUUCAAGAUAAUGCCAGGUCUUCAAGGAAGCUCUGCUACAUGUGAUGCUGGUGCUUCAUUCAUACAUCUUUAUAGGCUGCAGCGUGGUCUUACCAAUGCUGUGAUACAAGAUAUUAGUUUCAGUGAUGAUAGCAACUGGAUUAUGAUCAGUUCCUCAAGGGGGACAAGCCAUCUAUUUGCCAUCAAUCCUUAUGGAGGAUCUGUAAAUUUUCAAUCUAGUGAUACGAAUUUUACCCAUAAACAUAGUGGUCUAGGUGUCACAACUAAGCCACAAGCUCGUUGGUCACCUAAUGUAGGUGCGCAAAUGCUCAAUCAACAGAGACUCUGUGCAUCUGGACCCCCUGUUACACUUUCUGUUGUUAGUAGAAUAAGGAAUGGGAAUAAUGGAUGGAGAGGAACUGUUAGUGGUGCUGCAGCAGCCGCUACAGGCAGGACAGUUUCCCUUUCUGGGGCCAUUGCUUCAUCUUUCCAUAAUUGCAGUGUAAACAGUAAUUUGUUAGCUGAUGAUAGCUCUUUGAAGACAAAAUACCACCUUCUGGUUUUCUCUCCUUCUGGAUGUAUGAUACAAUAUGCAUUGCGAAUAUCAGAUGACCAUGGUUCAACUCCUGUUGUCUCUGGAUUAAAAACUGCUUAUGAAUCAACUACAGAAUCUGAUGGAAGGUUGGUAGUUGAGGCAGUCCAGAAAUGGAAUAUAUGUCAGAAACACACUCGAAGAGAACGUGAAGAUAAUAUAGACAUCUAUGGGGAAAAUGGAAGUAUAUCAGACAGCAAUAAGAUAUAUCCUGAAGAAAUCAAAGCGGGAAACAUUUAUGCUGAUGGUAAGGAUGCAAUAGCAAAAGAAAAGAAUAAUAUUGCAGAAAAACAUCAUUUGUAUAUUUCUGAAGCUGAACUACAGAUGCAUCAAGCUCAACCAUUGUGGGCUAAGCCAGAGAUAUACUUUCAGUCAAUGGUCAUGGAGAGCAUCAAAAUGCGUGAAGAAGAUGCUUUUGGUGGGGAAAUUGAAAUUGAAAGGCUUCCAACUCGCAUGAUUGAAGCAAGGUCAAAAGACUUAAUUCCAGUUUUUGACUAUCUUCAAAAUCCCAAAUUCCAGCAAGCAAGGGUCCCUGCUGUGGGUGGUAAUGGUUAUGGUAAUGGGCGGCUGCCACAUCAGAGGUCUGGAUUGUCUGGAAUUGGUCAACUGUCAUACCAGAGCAGUUCUGGCUCUCUUGAUUCAAUGGUUGAAAGUGGUGCUGCAGUUUCUGAACGACGCAAUGGCAUUGAAGAAACUGGGUUAGACAGUCCUCUAAUGCCAAUAGAACCAAAGGGCCAUGUAAAUAUCAAUGACAGCCCUAAAGCAAACACUCAGCUUGAGAUUGUAAAUAAUAGAGAGCGCUUGCAAAAGGAGGCUCAACUCAAGUUUGUAAAUAAUAACAACAAAGGCCUGAAAAUGGAGAAUCAUUUUGAAGAUGAAGGUGAUGAGUUUGAUUAGAGAUGUUCAGCCAUUCUUUUAUUCUCCAAGAAAGGCCCUAACAAUGUUGAAUUACUAAAUGGGUGGCCAUGUAGACGAGAGUGAGACAUAAGGGGAGGCUUGACUACGAAUCAGAAUUGUCUAUACCAUGUUGUUCUUGUAAAUAACAGACAGUAUAUUGGCAAUAAUCAGUUUGUUAUGUGUAAAUCAUAGUGUUACACCAGAAACUCUUUGUUGCCCCUUUUAUUCUAUCAAUUUUAAAGUUCUCUAUAAUUUGCACUUAAUUUAUUAUACAUUAGAUCAGCCAACCUCCUCAUUCUCAAAUUCUUAGCGUAAUUGUUAGGAAUGAAGAUUAAUUUUACUU